AUGUCCAGAUUAGAGCUCUACUCCCCCGAAGGUCUUCGUGUGGACGGGCGUCGAUGGAAUGAGCUCCGUCGGUUUGAGUGCAAAAUCAACACUCAUCCAAACUCUCUGACGGGUUCGUCGUAUGUAGAACAGGGCAACACCAAAGUCAUUUGCAUGGUAGAAGGACCUCUGGAACCUGAAACCAGGUCACAAGUCGAUGUGAGUCGAGCUACAAUCGAGGUCAAUAUAGCUGUUGCCAGCUUUUCAACAAUAGAGCGAAAAAAACGGUUGAAAAAUGAAAAACGAAUCAUAGAACUCAAGGCCACAAUGGAGCGCACGUUCGAACAAAGUGUAAUAUGCAAGCUCUAUCCACGGACGGUGAUAAAGGUGAAUCUACAUGUGUUGGCGCAAGACGGAGGGAUGUUGGCAACGAUGAUCAAUGCCACUACGUUGGCCCUCAUCGAUGCAGGUAUUGCCAUGUACGACUAUGUCGCAGCGGUGGCAGCCGGCUUGCAUAACGAAACUCCUCUAUUGGAUCUCAAUACGCUAGAAGAAAAUGACAUGAGCCAUUUGACUUUGGGAGUCAUUGGCAAAAGUGAAAAAUUGGCGGUUCUAAUGUUGGAAGAUAAAAUGCCCAUGGAUCGCUUGGAACCAGUACUUGCAAUUGGAAUAGCCGGCUCCCACCGUAUACGUGAGUUAAUGGACCAGGAAACGAGGCGCCACGGCGAAAGGAGAGUGAAGAGAAAGUAG